AAUGUGCCAGAGCAGGCCACCCCUCCUCCUCCUGCCCAGCAUACACACAAACACACAAUUGUGGCUGCGCUCCGUAUCUCCGUGGCAGCCGAUUCCGAGGACAGAAAGCAGCGCUGGUCCUUUCAGACUGAAGGGGUUUGGGUGUGAGGCAGAGAGCUUAUAUAACGGGACCAGGGCAGAUGCUGAGCAGCACCGAGGAGCCUUAGUGGAGAGAAUCCGUGGAAGGAGCGAUCGGAGCUGUCAUGGCGCGGUAAGGAAGCAGAGCUCCGCCGCUGAAGCUAUACCUCAAAGAUCUUCCCCAGCUUGGAUGUGGGACACCUUCAUUUUGGAGCUGCUGCAGCGGGACUGAGGGGUGAGAGUCGGCAUGUGCACCAGUAGGAGCUGCACAUCUGGAAGACCAGGAAGAUGCUUGGUGAUUUUGGUGAUUCAUGAAAUUGACUUCCACUGAGGUGGGGGGAGUGUGCAGCUAUGUUGGUGCCCCUCUACAAGCUGCUCUGCUUCUUGAAGAAGACUCAAAUGCUACUGCUCUGCCUGGGUAUCGCCUAUCUGAUGGCUGGCAGCAUCCUGCUCCUGCAACGCUCCACCAUCAGAGUGGUUCAGACUAAUCCAGCGGGCCUGCCGCCCUUGUUGUCUCUGGCUGCACCUCCGGCUGCCCGGGAGACAACAGGACUGGGCACGAGGACACGGUCCAGAUGGGCCAUGGCUCAGGCUGCGUCUGGAGGGGGAAGCAAUGUGAACCAACAGUGGUCUGGUUCCCGAAGCCUGGGGGUCCAACACUUACAUCGUCGCUGGUUUCACAAUCUACUGCCAGAGAGUCCAGAGCAGAGGGUGUCUCUCCUCAGGAACUCCAGGCACAAAGGAACCUACAUCGGAUGCUUCCUGCAUAAUUCCAGUGAGCGAGCCUUGGGAGGAACCAUGCUUUAUGACCUGCGUAAAAUGACCAGCACUUUGUGUCAAGACACCUGCUCAGAAAGUGGGUACCAGUUUGCAGGUCUGGAGUAUGGAGCCGAGUGUCACUGUGGGAACCGGAUCAGCAGCCCGAAGGCCCCGGAGGAGGACUGUAGUCUGGUGUGUCGGGGAGAGAGGGGGUCUCCCUGCGGUGGUGUGGGUCGCCUCUCAAUUUACAAGGUGGAGGAGCAACUGCCAGGUCACAGAAAAUUCAGAAACAUUUACCACCGCGGAUGCUUCAAGAUGACCAAGAGCACCACUGGCACUUUCCCCGUCUACUCAUUCCAGCCAAACCUCACCAUGCAGUCCUGCAUCGAGACCUGCACAGACAAGGAGCUGCCUCUAGCCGUGUUCAGGAAGCCGCACUGUUUCUGCACACAGACGUCGUCUCUUUUUAGUGUCAGCCAGGCGGAAGACAAGCAGCUGUGCGUGGAGAGAUCGGACCUGAACCACACUGCUGCCGCUGCCUCCACGGGCCCAGCAGAGCACAACCACUACCAGGUGUAUCACACUCCUGUGCUCGACUCCAGGUGCAAAGAGAGGAUGUUUCUGCCUCAGAGGUCUGCCUCCCUGGUGGCUCUCUCUAGUUUUCCGGGUGCAGGCAACACCUGGGUCCGGCACCUGAUCGAGCUCGUGACCGGCUUCUACACUGGCAGCUUUUAUUUUGAUGGAACUCUCUACAAUAGAGGUUUCAAGGGGGAGAAGGACUACUGGAAGAGUGGCCGCAGCAUCUGUGUAAAGACUCAUGAGAGUGGUCAGAGGGACAUCCAGAUGUUUGAUUCUGCCAUCCUGUUGAUCCGAAACCCAUACCGCUCCCUGAUGGCUGAAUUCAACCGCAAGUGCGCCGGGCACUUGGGACAUGCCACCGAUGCUCAGUGGAGCAGUAAAGAAUGGCCCGAGUUUGUCUCCAGCUACGCGCCGUGGUGGGCCUCCCACACUCUGGGCUGGCUGAAGUUUGGACGGCGCCUUCUGGUGGUGCAUUAUGAGGAGCUGCAGAGAACUCUUCUCCCUCAACUGCGUCUAAUUGCAGCUUUUCUGAACGUCUCUAUCACUGAGGAGAGACUUCUUUGUGCACAGAGCAACCAGGAUGGACAUUUCAGACGCUCGGGGGCCCAGCAGCCCUCCACCGACCCUUUCACUCCUGACAUGAGACAGAUGAUUGACUCCUUCAUUCUCUCUGUGGACCAAGUACUGCAGAGCAGGAACUUUAGUGGACUUCCACAGGACUACCUCCCAAGAUGAUGACCUGACGACGUCCUUCAGAUCCUUCUGGUUAAGGAGACACUUUUUGGGAGAGACGUUUUGCUUCAAAUGCUGAUCAGGAAGCAGCCACAGGCUGACGGAUGCAGCAGGUCGCUGGAGAAUGAACCCAGUACCAUUCACUGUGAACUGCUACAGAGAAACUCGGGAUCCUCCAGCUCUUCUCACUCAGCAGAAGGUGUUCACACACCUACAGAGACUGAUUCAAGCAUGAGCGUCAAAACAUGAGUCAGCAGUCUUUGGUGUUUUUAGGAUUUAGCUGCAGAGAACAUUUGGAGUACUUACUCCACAUCCAUGAUCAGAAGAUCCACCUGCAGACAGAUGAUGAACUCAGAACCACUGUGGGUCAGCUGUUAAAGGCCCAGCUGGAUGAGAGGAUCAAAUUCAAUCCUCUGUGGAGAAAGUCUGAAACUGCUGCUGGCGAACGGCCCCUCCACUCUGUGUGAAUUUAUAAAAAUAAUUUAAUUUCAAUAAAGAUUUGAAAUGAGUGUA